UCAUUAGGAAUAUUGUGUUCAAAAUUUAUUGUAUUUAAGUGUUAAGAUUAUAACUCCUCAUUAUAGUUUUAUAUGUAUAACAAAAUCAACUGCCCUUUUGUAAAUGAUUAUGGAGCUUGUUAUAAACAAUCAUAUACCCUAGUAAGAAAUCUGAUUGAAGAUAUUACCAGGAAUGAUCAUAAAUUACUUGUAAAAUGAACAAAUUUAAAAGAAGAACAAAUUACUAGUAUAUGCACACACCAUCAUGAUAUGUUAAUAGCGGAAUAUGAGAGUAAUCAGAAAAGUUGCAGUAAUAACUCACAAAAAAGUGUGUAGAGCAUCUCUAUGUGUGAUUAAAAUGCAUACUGUGUUAGAAGCAGAAACCGUAGGUUUAAAUCUUAUACCUAAAAAAAAGUUGUGUCCAACCUGUCUUAGUAAAGUUAUGAAACGUUUAUCAAAAAGUAUGAGUGAAAAUAAAAAUUUGAUAAUUUUGAUAUUAUUAGUGAAACAUCUAUUCAAAAUAAAAGAGUGUGUAAAUGCACACUUUACAGCUUUUAGAGAAUCUCCUAUUACAUAAGUCUGGUAAAAUCAGAUAAAGUAAACAAAAAUUGACAGCAUUAACAACCUCUAAUAAAAAAAAGUAGCAACCUCUCUUAAUAUAUCAAAUAAAAGUUUUAAAGAACAGUCAAGUUUUGGUAAUGAGUAUAUGGAAAAAGUAAACUUGUUUGAUAACAUGAUGUUGUUGUAUAAUAACUACUAAAAUUAAACUAAUAAAGUUGCAGAAUCUACAGCAACAUCUAAAAAAAUACAACUGACAACACUUGCUCCAACUGACUUGUCAGUAAAAAAAAGUUCAACUAUAACAGUUCAACUGGUCAAGUCUUUUUAUGAAGAUGAUAAAUAUAGCCAUAUAAUUCCUGCAUAAAGAAAAAUGUUCACAUGCAAAAAUAUUUUCAAAGUUUUGCACAUUGCGAUCAAAAUGGUUUAUUACUGCUGGUACUUCAGGAACAAAACUUGCACCACACUUGUAUUUAGCUAAGAGUCAAGCAUCAUACCUGUGAUCAAGAAAGGAAAUAUGAAUGAGGUAACAGCAUUAUUUCUGGUGAUUUUUCAGAAAACUAUAAAUUUAUAGUUCAGGACAAAGUACAAAGCUUUCAUUAGACAAUUUUACAAUUUUACACUUCAUCAUGUGAUUUUUUAUUUCAAAAAAGGAGGUUUUCUCAAGCACAAAUCUUAUUGUAUUGUUUCAGAUGAUAUAAUGCAUGAUGUGAUAAUGGUAUAUAAAAUUAUUGAUGUUGUCAGCAAUUAUAUUAAAAUAAAUCUACCUCAAAUAAAAAAUAUUCAAUACUUUUCAAAUAAGUAUGCAGGUCAAUAUAAAAAUUGCAAAAAUAUUUUGAAUCUUUGUUUCCAUCUUGAAGAUUUUGGUCUUUCUGCUAAAUGGAACUUUGCAACUAGUCUCAGUAAACAACCUUGUGAUGGGAUAGGUGGUAAAGUCAAAUGUUUAGCAACACAAGCAAGUUUUCAAAGAGAUAUGGGUAAUCAUAUUUUAUCUCCACAAGCAAUGUACAAAUAUUGCAAUGGAAACAUUGAAGGCACAAAGUUAUGCAGUGUUGAUGAAAAUGUUGAAUUCAUUCAUGACUUUGGAAACAUCCAUGAAACAACUGCAAACUUAGUACUAGGUGAUUAUGUCUGUGUUUCCUAUGAGCAAAAGUGUUAAAUAGGAGGAGUCAUUGAAGACAUUAAUUCAGAAGAAAAAGAUGUGCUUGUCAAAUUUAUGUGUCUAAAUGGUCCAGCACGGUCGUUAAAUGGUCACCAGUGGAUAGCCAAUGAUUGACUCCAGAUGUCCACAUCAUUUGCAAAGUUGAAGUAUGACUACAAAAACAGGACUUAACUACUAUUUAGCCAAAGCUUUAUAAAAAAUUGUUUUCCUUAGAAAAUAGAGAUGUUUAUAUUUAAAUUAAUUUCAAAUUUGUCUGGUAUGUCUUAUCCAUACUUUAUUUUAAUCUUUUAUUUUUUGUACAAUUUAUAAAUGAUGUAUAUAGAAUCACUUAAAUU